UCUUAAGUCUUAAUGAUGCUGGGUUCCUUUCUCCUCCAGGUGACUGAGCUGAAUGAGCCGCUGUCCAACGAGGAACGGAACCUCCAGGAGAUGGCCUACAAGAACGUGGUUGGGGCUCGCCGCUCCUCCUGGAGGGUCAUCAGCAGCAUCGAGCAGAAGACUUCUGCUGACGGCAACGAGAAGAAGAUAGAGAUGGUUCGAGCCUACCGGGAGAAGAUCGAGAAGGAGCUAGAGGCCGUGUGCCAGGAUGUGCUGAGCCUGCUGGAUAACUACCUGAUCAAGAAUUGCAGUGAGACCCAGUACGAGAGCAAAGUGUUCUACUUGAAGAUGAAAGGGGACUAUUACCGCUACCUGGCUGAAGUGGCCACUGGGGAGAAAAGGGCGACUGUGGUGGAGUCGUCUGAGAAGGCCUACAGCGAAGCCCACGAGAUCAGCAAGGAGCACAUGCAGCCCACCCACCCCAUCCGGCUGGGCCUGGCACUCAACUACUCCGUUUUCUACUACGAGAUCCAGAAUGCCCCAGAGCAAGCAUGCCACCUGGCCAAGACGGCCUUCGAUGAUGCCAUCGCCGAGCUCGACACUCUGAACGAGGACUCCUACAAGGACUCCACUCUGAUCAUGCAGCUGCUCCGAGACAACCUAACGCUCUGGACAAGCGACCAGCAAGAUGACGACGGCGGCGAAGGCAACAAUUAAGGCCCCGGGUGGACUGGCAGCGCACGCCGAUGCUACUACUGCAGUCUUUAUUUUUUUCCCAUGAGUUGGGGGUCGGGUGGGGGAGGGGAAAGGGAGGGCUCACCUUCCCAGGGAGAAACCCACGACUGUCCUGUCUUUGAUCGCCUCUUUGACAUUUUUGCCAAAAUACCACUAGUGGAAAGUCAGGCUUGCUGUGCUGGUAUCGGAGCUGCAGCCUCACACAGGCACCCGGACUGCCGUGCAAGUGGAGCUGUCUGCCUUUAGUUUAACUUAUUGUAGACGGUAGGGUUUAAGAUGAGAAGAGAAACCGGAAAUGGAUGGCCCUCAUUCAGUGUGUUCUGUGGUUCCAGUAAGAAUUCUACUGUCCAUAC